AUGGACCCUGCGGAGAAGAAGAUCUCGGUGUGGAUCUGCCAGGAGGAGAAGUUGGUGUCCGGGCUCUCCCGUCGCACCACUUGCUCGGACGUGGUGCGAGUGCUGCUGGAGGACGGCUGGCGGCGGCGGCGGAAGCAGCGGCGGGGGAGGCGGCGGGGGGCGGCCAGGGAUCCGCCAGGCCCCGGGGAGCAGCCGGAGCCCCCGGAGGAGGCGGACGAGGACGAUGAUGAGGACAUGCUGCCGCCGCCGGGCUUGCUGUGCGGCCCCCCGCAGUGCUACUGCAUCGUGGAGAAAUGGCGCGGCUUUGAGCGCAUCCUGCCCAACAAGACGCGCAUCCUGCGCCUCUGGGCCGCCUGGGGCGACGAGCAGGAAAACGUGCGCUUCGUCCUGGUGCGCAGCGAGGCGUCGCUGCCCAACGCGGGCCCGCGCAGCGCCGAGGCGCGCGUGGUGCUCAGCCGCGAGCGGCCCUGUGCGGCCCGGGGCGCCCCGGCGGCGCGGCCCGGCCCGGCUCUGACCCAGGAGAGGCAGCGGCGGGUGGUGCGCAAGGCUUUCCGCAAGCUGGCCAAGCUCAACCGCCGCCGCCAGCAGCAGCCGCCGCCGGCGUCGCCCUGCUCGUCCACCUCCUCGUCCACCGCCUCGUCCUGCUGCUCGUCGUCGUCGUCGCCGCGGGCCGCCGACAGCGUGUCGGUGGAGCGGAUGGAGACGCUGGUGCACCUGGUGCUGUCCCAGGACCACACCAUCCGCCAGCAGGUGCAGCGGCUGAGGGAGCUGGACCGCGAGAUCGACCGCUACGAGGCCAAGGUACACCUGGACCGCAUGCGGCGGCACGGGGUCAACUACGUGCAGGACACGUACCUGCUGGACGCGGGCAUCGAGCUCGACGGGCCCGGCCCGAGAGAGGAGGAGCCCGAGCCCGAGGCGGCGGCGGCGGCGGCGCCCCCUCUGGACGGCCCGGGGCAGGCAGGGGCGCUGGAGGAGCUGGCCCAGCGCUGCGAGGACCUCUGGAAGCUGCAGGAGCAGCGGGCCCAGCAGGAGGAGUUGCUGGAGCGCCUCUCGGCCGAGAUUCAGGAGGAGCUGAACCAGAGGUGGAUGCGCCGGCGCCAGGAGGAGCUCGCGGCGCGGGGGGAGGAGUGCCCGGAGCAGCCCGAUGGCAGCGGUCCGGACGGCGAGCUGCUGCUGGAGCAGGAGCGAGUCCGGACGCAGCUCAGCACCAGCCUCUACAUCGGGCUCCGACUCAACACGGACCUGGAGGCCCUCAAGUCGGACUUGGAUUACAGCCAGCAGCAGUGGGACAGCAAGGAGCGCGAGCUGCAGGGCCUCCUGCAGACUUUGCACACGUUGGAGAUGACGAUAGCGCCUGAUGGGACCACGGGCCCUGGUGGACCCUCGCGGGAAUCCCGGCCUGCGCCCGGCGCUGAGGUGUGGGUGGACCAGGCCCGCGGACUGGCCAAAAGCUGCCCUGGCAAUGACGAGGACUCGGACACGGGGCUGAGCUCCAUGCACAGCCAGGACUCGGACUCGGUGCCCCUGUGCGAAUCCCUUGUAUAG